AUGCUAAAUAUAUGUUCUUUAAUAAUAUGCUUGUCUACAGGAGAGGGAUAUUGAUUAUUAUGUGCAAUAAAGAUUAUAAAUUAUUUUAUUUGUGUGGGACAUACAUAGGAUCCAAACAAAUGAAUAAUUAUUUUUGUUGCUUUUGGGCCAAUUAGUCCCAACAAAUGACAACUACUAUUAAUACAACUCUUUAAGAGAAACUUAACAACUAUUGAGAUUAUGAUCAUUAAUUUGAUUUUUUCUUUGUACAGGUCUCCAUGUAACCAUAGACUGCAAGGACACAAAUGGAGAGCGCAAAACAAGGGGAGUUGGAAAGCUUGAUGAUGAAGGAAAAUUCAGAGUCUCUCUUCCUUCAAACAUCUUAGAAAAGUAUGGAAAUUUGAAGGAAGAGUGCUUUGCACAGCUUCACAGUGCAUCAGCUGCACCAUGCCCAGCCCACAGUGGCAGCAGCGAUCCUCAAAGAUCGUCUUCAAGUCUAAAACCGCCAGAAAACACACAUUUAGACCUGCUGGAAUACUCAAAUUCUCCCCGGCGACAUGCACUUCGGCCUUCUUGUGGCAUUUCUUCAUGCACCCACGUCUCCUCCACCAUUGAUGAACUUUAGCCACCCUUUCCAUUUUCAUCCCAAGUUCUUCCACCCAAUACACAAGCCGUUUUCACCGCCUGUUCCUGUUUAUGUGAAACCGCUUCCACCUCCAAUCCCGAUAUACAAAGAGCCACUUCCUCCACAUGUGCCAUUUUUCGAACCAAAACCGCCACUGUUCGAGCCUCAUGUGCCAAUUUAUAAACCACCAGUGGUCGAGCCUCCUGUGAUAUAUGUAAAGCCACUUCCUCCGCCUGUGCCAAUUUACAAACCAAAACCACCAGUGUUCGAGCAUCCUCCGAUAUAUGAAAAGCCACUUCCUCCGCAUGUGCCCACUUACAACCCAAAACCACCAAUGUUUGUGUUCGAGCAUCCUCCACUACAAAGAAAUACAUUUCUUCCGCUUGUUCCAAUUUUCAAGCCAAAACCACCAAUGCUCGAGCAUCCUCCGAUAUUCACAAAGCCACUUCCUCCGCUUGUCCCAAUCUACAAGCCAAAACCACCACUUGUUGAGCCUCCUUCCAUUCCGAAGGUCUUCCCACCAAUCUUCAAACAUCCCCAUCCAUUCCCAAAGAUCCACAAGAUACCUUGUCCACUGUUUCCUAAGCUACCUCCCAUCCCCAAGGCUCCACCAGUGCACUUCCCCCAUCCCAUGUUUGGAGCCAUGCCUCCCUUACCUCCUCAUUUUCCUCAUCCUUAGACUACCAUGUAGGGUUUUAGUUAUUGGGUAAUUGCUCUUUCAUAUAGUGAAGGGCUUGGCUUGAAUUUUUAGUAUUGUAAUAAAGUUUACAAGGUAGAGAGAGAUGGGAAUUUGAAAAGAAAGUGACAGACAUGGUGAGAAAAAAAAAAGGAGUAAGUAGAUCAUUGUUAAGGUGGAUGUUUGUGAAUGUUCUUCUUGUAGCAAGUAAAAAUGUUCAAAUGGAUCUGCUUACCAGAACAUAUAAUAUUUGCAUUUCUGUCAUGUUUUCUCUAUCGAAAGCAUGAAAUCCUUUUACUGUGAUUGAUUUGUCUUUGAGUUUUUAAAUGUAUGGAUGUUCACUGUUUCUUUAAGACAAUCAAUUUUCCCUUUAAAAUUCA